AUGAGAGAAAUCGUCCACGUCCAGGGUGGCCAGUGCGGCAACCAAAUCGGUGCCAAAUUCUGGGAAGUCAUCUCGGAUGAGCACGGCAUUGAUCCGACCGGUACCUACUGUGGAGACAGCGACCUCCAGUUGGAGCGCAUCAACGUCUUCUACAAUGAAGCUACCGGCGGACGCUUCGUGCCUCGCGCCGUCCUGAUGGACUUGGAGCCAGGCACGAUGGACAGCGUGCGCGCAGGCCCCUUUGGCCAGCUCUUCCGCCCCGACAACUUUGUCUUUGGCCAGACUGGCGCUGGCAACAACUGGGCGAAGGGGCACUACACUGAGGGCGCGGAGCUGAUUGACUCCGUCCUCGACGUCGUUCGCAAGGAGGCGGAGGGCUGUGACUGUCUGCAGGGAUUCCAAAUUACCCACAGUCUCGGUGGCGGUACCGGAAGUGGCAUGGGUACGCUCUUGAUCAGCAAGGUGCGCGAGGAGUACCCCGACAGAAUCAUGGAGACUUUCUCCGUCUUCCCCUCCCCCAAGGUCUCCGACACCGUCGUCGAGCCCUACAACGCCACCCUCUCGGUGCACCAGCUCGUGGAGAACGCGGACGAGGUCCAGGUCAUCGACAACGAGGCACUGUACGAUAUUUGCUUCCGCACCCUGAAGCUCACCACGCCAACGUACGGAGACCUGAACCACCUUGUCAGUGCCGCGAUGUCGGGCGUCACCUGCUGCCUGCGCUUCCCGGGUCAGCUCAACAGCGACCUGCGCAAGUUGGCCGUGAACCUCAUUCCCUUCCCUCGCCUGCACUUCUUCCUCAUUGGCUUCGCGCCUCUCACCAGUCGCGGCAGCCAGCAGUACCGCGCCCUCAGCGUCCCGGAGCUCACGCAGCAGAUGUUCGACGCGAAGAACAUGAUGUGUGCCUCCGACCCCCGCCACGGUCGCUACCUCACCGCCUCCGCAAUGUUCCGCGGCCGCAUGUCCACCAAGGAAGUUGACGAGCAGAUGCUCAACGUCCAGAACAAGAACUCAUCCUACUUCGUCGAGUGGAUCCCCAACAACAUGAAGUCCAGCGUCUGCGAUAUCCCCCCCAAGGGACUCAAGAUGUCUGUCACCUUCGUCGGAAACUCAACCGCCAUCCAGGAGAUGUUCAAGCGCGUCUCCGACCAGUUCACUGCCAUGUUCAGGCGCAAGGCUUUCUUGCACUGGUACACUGGCGAGGGUAUGGACGAAAUGGAGUUCACUGAGGCCGAGUCCAACAUGAACGACUUGGUGUCCGAAUACCAGCAGUACCAGGACGCCACUGCGGAGGAGGAAGGCGAGUUCGAGGAAGAAGAGGGCGAAAUGGGCGCUGAGGAAGGUGCGUAG